AUGUCUGGUAGCGGCUUCUUGAUCCCUAUCUCGGGCGGUUGUUUCGUUAAUCUUAUUGCUGCUGGUGUUACUUCUGAUCUUGCUUCUGGUCUUGCUUUUGGUCUUACUGAUGGUCUUGCUUCUGGUCUUGCUUCUGGUCUUGCUUCUGGUCUUGCUUCUGGUCUUGCUUCUGGUCUUACUGAUGGACUUGCUUCUGGUCUUACUGAUGGUCGUACUGAUGGUCUUACUGAUGGUCUGGCUUCUGGUGUUGCUGCUGGUGUUGCUGCUGCUGCUAAUACAGUCUUUCUGGUCUACUGUCUCUGGUGCAUGCUCGUUAUGUGGUGUCGCUCGUUCCUCGGUUUUUUUUACGGUGCUGGUGUUACUGCUGCUGCUGAUAAUAUGGUCUUCCUUGAUCUACUGUGUUUGGUGCAAGCUCGUUGUCUGGUCUACCUCUGGUGA